AUGGACGAAAGUCACCAGGAAAAGCAAAGUGGACACCACGAUAGUCUCGAGCGCGAGGCCGCGCACAGGGGGCUUAGAAAGACGGGGUCCAGGACACUCGGGUGGGAUACAGACCACCGAGAUUUCCCACGCAAUUGGCCUCUUCGGCGCAAGCUCUACGAUGCCUGCAUCAUCUUCUUCCUGGAGUUCUAUACGACCGUCAUGAGCACGACGGGGCCAUCCGCUGCCGAAGAGGCCAUGUCUGAGUACGCAAUGAGCAGGGUCGUGAUGCUCACCGGAUUUCAGUUCAUGUAUGGCGCUGGGCAAGCAUUGGGAGGGCUUAUAAUGCCUCCAUUUUCUGAGGCUCUUGGUCGUCAGAAGUCCUACCUUGUGUCCGCUGGUGCAUACUGUCUUUCUUCUCUGCUGGUCGGCCUUGUUCCUUCACCAGCCGGAGUCUUCAUCGGCCGCUUCUUCUCCGGUUUCGCCUCGUCUGUGCCGGCGAUCGUUCUGGCUGGAAGUAUCGAGGAUCUGUACUCCCAACACCCAAGGCUCUGGCUUCUCUGGUUUUGGAAUUGCUCCACCAUGCUCGGUAUCGCGGUGGGCCCAAUCUAUGGGUCCUAUAUAGUUGAUGCGAUCGGUUGGCGUUGGGUCUACCAUAUUUCCGCCAUUACCUGUGCGGCAACAUUCUUCCUCCUUAUACCAGUUCGGGAGAGUCGGCCGACAACCCUGCUUCAGCGCCGUUUUGACAACCUCCAAUCAAAGGUCGGAGCAGUAGACAUGGAUAUACCAAACCCUGACCGAAUUAACAGCACCCGCGAGCUUAUGCAGGUAAUUCUAGUACGACCUGCCAAGAUAGGUGUCUCGGAACCUAUACUCAUUUUGGUCUCCAUCCUCAGCGCAUCAGCCUGGGGUAUGAUGUACCUCUUCACCGAGUCCUUCACCGUAGUCUACAGUGAAUUUGGCUGGAGCUCCAGGGCGACCUCCCUGCCAUUCAUUGCCCUAUUUCCUGGGAUUAUUCUCAGUGGAUUCGUCCGCCUAUGGGACUACCACCAGCUGAAAUCCCGACAGAAAGCCAGCCAGCGUCCAGAGCCAGAAGAUAAAAUCGGCGGAUUCGCGAUUGCUGCGCCCGCACUGGCCAUUGGACUCUGGAUCUUCGGCUGGACAGUUCCACCGCUCGUCCAUGUCCCUUGGAUCGCAUCCAUGUUCGGCCUCGUGCUCAUCGGCUUUGCAGCGACUGAGUUCUCGUAUACGCUGAGUGGGUAUAUUUCUGACGCAUAUACGAUCUAUGCCUCGUCCGGAUUGGCGGUCCAGGGCUUCUUACGUGCGUUGGCCUCCGGGUGUCUUCCUCUGUUCGCGUAUCCGAUGUAUUCGGGGCUUGGAUCAAAUGUCGCGACGAGUAUUAUCGCUGCUGUGGCAACCGUGUACUGCGUGGCGCCGUAUAUAUUCCUGAAACAUGGUAGGCGUCUAAGGGAGAACAGUCCCUUUGCUCGAUACAGUGCAAAGGUUAAUGAUGAGCAUGGGGCUGAUUGA